CCCCUCGAAACGAAAACGAAAUUCCUCAAUUUUCUCCUGAUUUUGCAUUUCCUGUCCAAAGUACAGACUGACAGACAGAGUCCACCUCCUCAUGGAGUCCAACAACAAAAACAACUACUCUCCCUCCUCUUCCUCCUCCACCUCCUCCACUCCCCACCCCGCCGCCGCCACCUCCACCGCCACCGACCCAGUUCAAUCCUGGUGGGAAUCAGUCUCAAAAUCCCGUUCACGCAUCCUCUCUUUAUCCUCAAUCCUCCCUUCACUCCCGUCUUCUUCUUCUUCUUCUUCUUCUUCUUCCUUUUCCCUUUCCUCUCUUGCUGAAUCCGACCGCCCUGCCCUCUCUUUCCUCUCUUCCCCCGACGCUUACUCCCUCCUCUCCUCCUCCCUUUCCUCCCCUUCUUCCGGCUCUGGCUCCGAUCCCCUUUGCCAGUGGCUCUAUGACACGUACCUCUCCUCUGAUCCCGACCUCCGUCUCAUUGUCCUCUCUUUCCUCCCUCUUCUCUCUGGGAUUUAUCUUUCUCGGAUCCACUCUUCUGAUUCCUCCUCAGCUCCUUCACUCUCUGGGUUCGAAGCUGUUCUUCUUGCCAUCUAUUCCUCUGAGGUCAAAUCUCGUGGAGGAAAGCCUGUUGUUGUUCAGAUUCCUCAUCUUUCGCACCCUUCUCUUUACCAUACCCCUCGAAACAAGUUCUAUAAGUCACAGCCCCAGGCGCCUUCUGUUGGGGUUUUGUCAGGGCCUCUUGAGCCCCAGAUCGCUGUUAAGUCUACUAAGAGGCCUGUCAUUGUUGGGGUCACUUUGGACUGUUACUUUAAGCACAUUUCGCAGAUGCCCACUUGGUCGAAAGUCGAAUUGUGCAGGUUUGCUGGUGCGUGGGCUGGACAGGAUUGUGCUUGUCAGGAUAAAUUUGAUGAAUACGAUGAAGCUGGUUAUUUCUUGGAGGGCAGGAAUCUGAUGAUAAGCAGCAGUGAAAGUGAAGAUAACUUGGGGAUUACUGAGUCUAAGGGAGUGAGGAUUCCGCUGCCUUGGGAGAUUUUGCAGCCAUUGUUGAGGAUUUUAGGGCAUUGUCUGUUGGGGCCAUUUAACACGCAGGAUGCCAAGGAUGCUGCUUCUGUUGCUGUAAGGAGGUUGUAUGCUAGAGCGUCUCAUGAUUUGGUUCCGCAGGCGAUAUUAGCUGCUAGGAGUCUAAUUCAGCUUGAUAAGAGAGCGCGAGAAGCUGCAAAGGCAGCUGCUGCAAAUACCACUUCAAAUGCUAACACCCCUGCCAAAGCUAAGAAGCAUGAAAUUCUCUUGGUCUCAAAGUGAAACUGGUCUGUUUUGGCUGUGAUUUGCGUGGCAGGAGGGAAAUUUGAGAUCUUAAGCCUGAAAAGGAAGCUUGUAUGGGGAAGUUUCUGAGAGACUGAGUUGAAAUUUUGAGAUAGAGCUGCUCAGACAUUCAUUAUGAUCAUUGAGCAUCAUCCUAAGAAAGCAAGUCGCUAUGAACCUGAUUGGCUUCUUACUGCAAUGAAGCAUUAUAGCCUCACAACAUUUUGGUUGAAACUUUCUUUCCAAAAUAAACCUCACAACCACAUACAGCUCCUCUAAGUAGGUUACUUGUGGAGGUGCCCCCAAGUCACAGACUGAGCAGGUAGCUUCACCGAGGGUGAUAUUCUUUAUAAGCAAAUGUCCUGCACCUAAUGAGGAUGCUGAUAGGCCAUAUACAUUUGCAUACAUGAAAUGAAUCCCCUGAAAAAUUAUAAAAUAUUCCAUUUGAGCUUCAAACUUGAUAAAGAAUCUCUUCAAUAUGCCUUGGAAGCUUUAUUAAAGCUAGAUUUUUGAAGCCUAUUAAUUUCAAUCUUAGUACAAAGUGAUUGCUACUAUGAUAAGCCCUAGCAUAAUGAGGCAAUAAAAUGGGCAGGAUUUAUCAUGCUACUUUGCUGCUAUGCAAAUAGGAGACAGUUAGAUGCCUUUUGUUGUAACGUUUAUUUAUUUUUAAUGGUUCAACUUUUGUCUUCAAACUCAUAUUUGUAAUUUUAUGGAUUGCUGGGAAUUUUAGUAGCAGAGUCUAGUUUUUAGUUUCUAUUUAGUUGCUUUAUUAAGUCCUAAAUUACUGACUUGUUUAGGAAUUUAUUUAGGAAUCCAGUUCCCUUUAGGAGCAGGACUAUAUAUAUAUGUGUGUGUGUGUGUGUGUGUGUGUGUGUGUGUGUGUGUUUAUAUAGGGGCUGAUAACGUGUCUCUGCGUGGAGAUGAGCAAAAUGCUGUCAACUGUGACCCUCAUUCAUUCUCAUUCAUUCAUUUAUUUGAGCAAAA